AUGGGAGGCGGCUGGUGGUGGGCUCGGGUCGCGCGCCUUGCCCGCCUGCGUUUCCGGGGGUCUCUGCAGCCGCCUCAGCGGCCUCGCAGCGGGGGCGCGCGCGGGUCCUUCGCCCCGGGCCACGGUCCACGCGCGGGAGCUUCGCCGCCCCCGGUGUCCGAGCUGGAUCGCGCGGACGCUUGGCUUCUCCGCAAGGCACAUGAAACAGCUUUUCUCUCCUGGUUCCGAAAUGGACUUCUGGCAUCAGGCAUUGGAGUCAUCUCCUUCAUGCAGAGCGACAUGGGCCGGGAAGCUGCCUAUGGCUUCUUCCUGCUGGGUGGCCUGUGCGUGGUGUGGGGCGGAGCCUCCUAUGCGGUGGGUCUGGCAGCAUUGCGGGGACCCAUGCAACUGUCGCUUGCUGGUGCUGCCGCUGGUGUGGGGGCAGUGUUGGCUGCCAGUCUGCUCUGGGCUUGUGCAGUAGGUCUCUACAUGGGCCAGUUGGAACUGGACGUGGAAUUGGUACCUGAGGAUGAUGGGGCAGCCAGUACAGAAGGCCCAGAUGAAGCGGGUCGGCCACCCCCAGAGUAAACAGCAGGGCUGUGGGACCCCUCAGUGAUGGAUUCUCCUCAGGCCUACCGUUGAACCAGAUUCUAAGCCUUUUUUUUUUUUUUCUUUUUUGACUUUCUGUGUGUGGGUGAGGUAUGGUGGUGACAUCAACACUGGUCCUCUUCCUGUGUCACUGUUACUAUCAUCAUCAUUCUGACCGUGUGUACGAUGGAGGCAUGCAUGCCUGACAACCGGGACAUUAAAACCUGACCCUUCAGCAGUUCAA